AUGGCGUCUGAAAAGAACUGCAACAGGGAAGAAGCUACUUCUUCAACAAGCAUAGCUACAAAGGGUGAACAUUCAGGCGCUCCAAGCGUCAUAAAUACCUUUGCUAAUGAUGGUAGUUUUCUAGAACUUUUCAAAAAAAGGAUGGAGGAGGAAUCAAAGAAAUCGAAAGCGAGUGAAAAAUCAGUCUCCGAAGACAACGUCGAAAAGAAAGUCAAAGAAGACCUCGAACAGAACCAAACCGAGGGAAAAGUUCCUGGAUCCACGAAAAUGUUAGCACAGCAGGUCUGGUUUAGUGCAAAAAAGAAUGCUUAUAUUUUCCCUUUCGCUGGGAAAGAUUGAACGUGUAGUCUGACAAAAAAUAGUUCACAGGUUUCAUAUUUCAUUCUUAUAAACUUGUCGACGUCCUGAAUUCUUUCAGCUUUUGAAUUUUCAGUAUAAACACACACUUAUGGUAUUGUUCAAGGAGAAAGAGAAAGCAUAAGAUUUUUCUACACAGCCCCAUACAUUUGUUUAAUAUGAGUGUAGCAAUCUCAUACAAUUUCACACAAACAGUUUAUAUAAAAUAUGAACAGUCAAAACAUGUAUGCCUAGCAAAAUAAUGCAUGGGGCUGUGUUUCUUACCAAGUUGAAAACCUUAAGACUUCUUUUUGUCAAAAAAUCAAUCCUGAUAUUUGAUGUGAAACUAAGAUGAAAAUGAAAAUCAGAAAUUGACGUAUCAAAGUACCUAAAACUUUGAAAAAACGAAAGAACUUUGUUUACUAUUGUUCAUUACUGUGCUUUUCAAUAACACGCAAACCCUGAAAUUUAAAAGCCAGCUGACAUUUGCAUCUUACUCCACUCUCAAUGGUAAUUACAAUCCCACAAGCAAUGAACCUUGAAACACAAAUACACAAAACAGAUUGAAAUCUGCAAACCAUGACCUUUUGACCUUGUUCAAGUCAACGUCCAUUUCCUAAGAGGUCUGCUAAGAUGAUUGACAGCAGUGAAGAAUAUUGAAUUUCAGAUUUUGCGUGUUUUUGAAAAGCGUAGUAAAUUGACUGUCUUAUCUGAACUUCAUGUACAUGGUGGUCAUUGAGGAAUACAGGUCAGGAGGAGUUAUCAACAUCCUAAUAGCAUGAUCUUAUCUUAUGGUGUUAGUAUUAAUCCAAAAAAUGUAGGGAAAGAGGACAUUUGCAGUUGGAAAGAUGGGUGGAGCUUCUAGGCAGAUGCAUGCAAAGAAAAAGAAACAAGAGAAAGAAGCAGCCGAGGCAGCCAAAAAAGCUGAGGAAGAGGUAAAAGUGAAAUUCAAAAAGAAUCUUAAGUGGCCUAAAAUGUACCUCAGUUAUUAGAAAAUAAAUAUCCUGCUAGGACCCAGAAUCCUUACUUUGAGUCACCUGAGUGCAAGCCAAUUUUUAGCAGCUCUCACACAUUUUCUCUUACAUAAUUGUCGCCCAAUCUCGACCACAAGUUACAGUUAUAUUGUAUGUGACUGAGUAUCCUUUGGAUGCCCAGUUUUGAGAGGAAAAGCAAUUUUUUUGCAGCUUGAUUUUAGAUUACUGACUUGAGAGUUUGGGUGGAUUCUUGGAUAAACCCUGUCCCCUGGGGGGUUCUCCUGGGAAUUCUUGGUGGGGGUGUGCCGCCCAAUUUCCUCACCCGAUUUCAGACCAAAAAAUGUACUUUUCCGCAACCGUUUUCAGACCUGGCCUUAAGGCAGAAAUUAUGUCAUCAUCACUUAGAUUAGAGCACAAACAAACAAAUUCUUCAAACCAUUUUGAAUUCACUUAUUUCUCUUUCUUUCUUACUCAUUUGGAAUUGAAACAAUAAAUAUGUUCAUACUUUCCCAUAGUUCCCCCGAAAACCACACCCGAUUCCAGACCUAAAUGGGCAAAGUGUAUAUCCGUUUUCAGACCAAAACGGCGCAAAAACCCUACUCGAUGGGGCGGCACAUACCUAUACAGCUUAUACAAGGGAGUACCCCCCCCCCUCAGCCCUGUCCUCCUUGCCUUCUGCCCUCUUAUUACACACUAACUUAGUGCAUGCUAAGUUUUCUACUGACUAGAGCAUUUUCAUUAGUAGAAGCUAGCAACCAUUACUUAGGCUUGGAAGUUUGGGUCAUUCCUCAUUUAAUGUUUAGCUGUAUUUUGAUGGUCUCUUUUUCUCACAACUAGGCUGUGAGCAAGUCAUCAGCAUGGAAAGCUUACAUGGAUGAAGUUCAAAAAUACAAGGAAAUGAGUUGCUCAGAUGACAGUGACAGAGUACGGCCUCUUGUGAAAUAA